AUGCUAUAUCUGAUUUUGAAUAUAAGCGAUUUCGGGACGGGGCCCGAUGAGCCAUUGUCCACCACCGGCCUCCAACGCCGGCGCGGAGGUUUGGGCGCUGGUAGUAUCUCUUCAAUUCCCAGCAGUUCGAGUCCUCUUGUAUGCGCCACUGGUUCCGGGACUGGUGGAAGCUCUGCUAGUAACCAGUCAGCCCAUCACCAGAUGGAUGUUGCCUCGUUAGCUUCUCUAUCGGCCAGCACCUCUUCUCUUUUGGUAAGUAAUGCAUAUCUGUUUACUUCUAGACUUAGAACUAUCACGAAUAUAUAA